UUUCGGACAUAAUAUCCGAAAAAAAAUAAAAAAAUAAACACAAUUUAAUAAAACUUUGGAAAAGAUGGGUUUCAAAAGCUCUUCUCUUCUCUGCUUGGCUGUUGUCCUUGCAGUUUCAUCUUCCAUUCAUGCAUUGGACGUUGGCAAAUUGUUAGCCAAAAGUCCUGAAUUUGCCGCAUUCACUAAAGCCCUAACCGAAACCAAGCUUAUUGAUCAAAUAAACUCUCGCAACAGCAUCACCAUCCUCGCCCUCAACGACGGCGCCAUGGGCGGCCUCUCCGGAAAAUCCCCAGCUGCUACCAAGGCCAUUCUCAGCACUCAUGUGAUUCUUGACUUUUUCGAUGAGAAGAAGCUUAUGGAAGCUCAAGGAAGUGGCCAACUCUUGACCACCCUUUACCAAGCCUCAGGCUUCGCCCAGAACCAACAAGGGUUCGUUAAGGUUGCCCUCGUUGGUGAGGGCGAGAUCGCCUUUGGCUCGGCUGUUAAGGGUUCUCCCGUCGAUGUUGAGCUUGUGAAAUCGGUUGUCUCCCAGCCUUAUAACAUUUCCAUUCUCCAAGUCACCAAACCUAUCACAUUCGCAGGAGUUGAUGCACCUAACGCAAAAGCCCCAGCAGGAAGUGCUAAGGCUCCCGUUGCAUCAGCCAAUGCUCCUCUGUCGGCCAAGGGAGCUAAAGCCCCAGCACCGACAGAUGCCUUGGCUGAUGCUCCCACAACCGGAGCUGAAACUCCUAUCUCAGAGGAAGUGACUGCUCCCACACCUUCUUCUGAUGCACCAGUUGCUGACGCCCCAGCUGAAGGCCCAAUCGCCGCCGACGUAGCAAGCCCAUCUUUGGCUCCUGGUCCUGCAGAUGCCGAGGUUGCUGCAGAUGCUAAAGCUCCCAGCAGCUCUUCCAAGACUGUGGUGGGUUUGGUUGGAGCAGUGAUGUGCUUCGCUUCUAUGAUGGUUGUUAUGUAGAGAGAUAUGCAGGAAAAAAAAGUUUAAGAGACUAUAUAUUUUAAGUAUAAUAUAUGAAAAGAAUGAGUCAUUUGAAUCAUGAAAGCACAAACUAUAUAAGGGUUUGUUGUUAUUGGAAUUAAUAUUUCACAAUUACAUCAAAGUCUAGUGUGUUUUUGUUUUGGUGAGAUUUUAAUGGAAAAAGAAUAUAUGAUUUGUUCAUAUAUUUUGAUUGAGGAUGCUUCAA